AUGGUUUUGAACGACAAACAUAAAGUGGCAACCUUGUUCAUUUUUCACGUCUUUAGAGAUUCAAAAAGUCUAGCGCGAUUUGCAGCGCUUGCUCGGAGGAAAUUCAUUUCUAUUUCUGACCAUCUGUCGUUCCUAGAAAUGCAAGAGCUGUCAUCAGUAUCGGUAAAAACUGUUUUGCUUAUAGCCGUCCUAAUGGUCACAGGUUUUUCAAGAAACUCCAGAAAUGCUGAGGCGGCAGGUGGAGGAAAAUGUUCAUUACCAUCUGAAACAGGACCGUGCCGGGGACUUUUUAUGAAGUGGUUUUAUAACUCUGGGUCAAAAUCCUGCGAGCAGUUCACAUAUGGAGGCUGUGACGGAAAUGAUAACAGAUUUGAUAGCGAGGCAGAGUGCAAAUCCGCUUGUGGUUCUAGCAGUGACGACCUUUAGUGUGUUUGGAACUAGUAAAUGAAUUCCGAAUUCUCAGCAAAUGAAAGCCAUUUAUGGUUUGAUGAUAACAAAUAUUACUAGAGUGAAAUAUUUCUGCUUGAUGAACUGAAUGUACUGUUCGAGUCUUCAGUAUUAUGAAAUGGAAUAUCAUUAAAGGGUUAUCUUCUAAAAUGCAGCGUGAGACGACACUGAGAUUGCAUGUUUUUGCUACCCCAGAGUGCUCCAACCGACCCAGUCCCAGAAUACGUUUAUUUUUACGCAAAAAUAAAUGUGUGUGUGGAAGUAAACAUUACUGAUUA